AUACGAACAUGCGUGACACGAACUUGCGACAUCAGUAUUGGGACCCCCUCACUUUGCGCUCGUGACAGCAACUACUCUUCGCAUCCCUCGGAUCUGUAAUGAUGUGUACGAGCUCGCGGGAAGACAGAAGCACACGAGAAGAGCAUAAAGACGCACACCGCUGAAGCUCCUGCUAUGCAGACCAUCCAGCCCUCCCAGCCAAACAACUCACCAUGCAUAUCACCGCGCUCCUCCUGAGCUUCUGCACUCUCACCCUCGCCAUCCCGCCCUACACCCCGCCCUCGUACGAGACCUGCCCGGCCUCCACCGCGGUGACCCGGACCUACAAAACUAUCAUCCGCACGGUCGUGACCACGACCUCGCUCGCCGCGCGCCACUGCCCGUCGUUCACGACCCGCGUCGACACGCCCGCGCCCUGGUCCUCGUGCGCUUUCAACGCCGCGUCCUGCAUCCGCCCGGCGUGUCUGCGGCUCAGCACCAUCACGCAGCCGUGCAUCACUGAUAGCUGCUGCACGCGCACGGCGACGGACACGGUGUUUGCGCCGUGCCCGACCAAGUGUCCGCAGGGGUGUGCGACGAGCUGGACUGUGGCGGAGAGGUGUGCAGGGUCGCUGACGUCGUCGGCCACGUUGACGUCGCAACCGACGAGGCCGUGCUACACGCUGACCGUCAGCGGGACGCAGACCUGUCGCGAGGACACGCUUGGGUGUCCCGCGCCAGACUGCAUUGUCUUGAGUACGACUACGGUGCCGCCAGGCACGGUGGACGGGUGCAGUGCCACGCCGACAGCGACGAGGGUGAGGCAGUGCAGCGGGUAUUGUCAUGGGGAGUGUGGGACGCAGUGGGUGACUGAGACGGCUGCUGCUUGGUGAUGAAGGUUUGUUGGGGGUGCGUGUGUUUUGCAGGUGGGGGUUGAUUUAGAUACGAGCGUACUUGCGCUGUUCUUUGAUAUCUGGAUUUGAGCGUACUUGUGCUGUUGUUUGAUGACUGGGUUCACUCGUGCUUUUGGUGGGUGUGGAUUAGGUUGGGGGUUCGGACGGUUCU